AUGGAUGGUAACAACAAUAGUUCAUCUUCUGAGGAUGAACUUAUCAACAAUAAUUUGUUACCUGCAUUAUCUCGUACUGCACAACUUCUUCUCCAGAAUAAUGUUAGCUCAAGUAACAAUCAAAGGAGAAACACAAUCCAAAGAGAUCGUUUAGAGGCUGAACAACUACUGAUCCGACAUUACUUUGCAGAUGAUUCAACAUAUGGUCAUGAUCUAUUCCGUAGAAGGUUCCGUAUGAGCAAAGGUUUGUUUAUGCAACUCGUUGGUGACCUAGAGAUGAAUUAUCCAUAUUUUCAAACGACAUGGGAUGCAACAAAUCAGAGAAGUUUCAGUGGGCUACAAAAAUGCACCUCAGCAAUACGUCAAUUAGCGAAGGGUUAUAACCCAGACUCAUUAGAUGAGUAUCUAAAUAUGUCAGAAAGAACUUCUCGUGAAGCUCUAGAAAACUUUUGCUAUGGGAAUAUUUACGCCGUCUAA